GUCCUCCUCCUCUGUUUCUUAAAGUUUCUUCAGUGAAUUGGUUUUCUGGAUUUUGCUUGUGUUCUUUCAUGAAUCGGUUGAUUACGAAGCAACGGUUUGUUGAACUAAUUCUGAGUUAUUAACUAGAACGGACCAUCAUUUAAUCAUAUAUUAAAGUAGCCGCACAAUUCAAAAUAUAUCAAUCGGUUUCUGUUUUUCCGGUGAAAAUCUGUUGAAUCUCUUUAAUAGAGUGAUAAAUUGGAAGUAUUAACAGAGUCUCAGUUGAUUUACAUGGAUGAUGAAGUUAUUAUUAGGGGUUUGUUUUAUGUUGUUCUAGAGUUCUGUUCAAUUCAAUCUAUUGAAUCCUUACAAUGGUUUCCGGAGAGUGCUUUAUGAGCUUAUUUGGGUUACUAUCAAUUAACCAGGUGAGUGCUUGUUUCUAUACGAAAUGAGGAAGAGGCCAGGGAAAUCUUCAUUGGUAUCUGAACCAUCGAGUAGUAAAGAGGAUGAUGGAUUUAAAGUUGUUGGUGAGGAAGUUAAAACUGAGAAUUUUCAGAUGAAGAACAUGAAGAGAUCAGGGUUUGUGUGGAUGAUAUUGUUUGGAUUGAUCAUAUACAGCUCUUGGGCUAUAUAUGACUAUCAGUUUGGGAAUUUGCCAGCACCACUUAGUGCCAAGCAGGCAGGGAAAAGGGGAUUUUCUGAGCUCGAGGCCAUGAAGCAUGUAAGAGAAUUGACUAAAUUAGGCCCACAUCCUGUUGGAUCAGAUGCUCUAGAUCAGGCAUUGCAGUAUGUUUUGGCUGCAGCACAAGAAAUUAAGAAAACAGCUCAUUGGGAGGUUGAUGUCCAAGUUGAUUUUUUCCAAGCAAAAACUGGUGCAAAUCGUCUGGUCAGUGGCCUGUUUAGGGGGAAAACACUUGUUUAUUCAGAUAUUAGUCACAUCAUUUUAAGAAUCUUGCCAAAAUAUGUAUCUGAAGCAGGAGAAAAUGCUAUAUUGGUCUCAUCUCACAUUGAUUCCGUUUUUUCGACGGAAGGUGCCGGUGAUUGCAGUUCAUGUGUUGCUGUUAUGUUGGAACUUGCUCGAGGCAUCUCUCAAUGGGCGCAUGGUUUCAAGAAUGGCAUUAUAUUUCUCUUCAAUACUGGGGAGGAAGAGGGGUUAAAUGGUGCUCAUAGCUUUAUAACCCAGCAUCCUUGGAGUUCUACUAUUUGUUUGGCUAUUGAUUUGGAGGCCAUGGGUAUUGGAGGAAAGUCUGGAAUUUUUCAGGCUGGUCCCCAUCCAUGGGCUAUCGAGAACUUUGCCUCAGUUGCAAAAUAUCCAUCUGGCCAAAUAAUUGCGCAGGAUCUUUUUUCUUCUGGAGCCAUAAAAUCUGCGACAGAUUUCCAAAUAUACAAAGAGGUUGCUGGUCUUUCAGGGCUGGAUUUUGCAUACACAGAUAACACUGCAGUAUAUCACACAAAGAAUGACAAAUUAGAGCUAUUGAAACCGGGAUCUCUUCAGCAUCUUGGAGAGAAUAUGCUCGCUUUUCUGCUUAAAAUUGCUUCAUCUUCUGAUCUGCCAGAAGGCAAGGCUGUUGAAAAAGAGGAGAAAUCUAGACACAGCAAUGCAAUAUUUUUUGACAUUUUGGGGACAUAUAUGAUUGUAUACAAUCAAAAUUUUGCAAAUAUGCUUCACAGUUCGGUGAUCAUGCAAUCGCUUCUUAUAUGGACUACAUCAUUGUUUAUGGGUGGUAUUCCGGCUGCUGUGUCCCUGGCAUUGUCAUGUCUGAGUAUUAUAUUCGUAUGGAUAUUCUCAAUAGGUUUUUCUGUCGUUAUUGCCUUCAUUCUGCCUCUGAUAUCUUCAUCACCUGUUCCCUAUGUUGGAAGCCCGUGGUUGGUAAUUGGAUUAUUUGUUGCACCUGCUGUUCUUGGAGCUUUGACGGGUCAACAUUUCGGUUAUAUUAUUCUUAAAUCAUAUUUAUCAAAUGUGUAUUCUAAGAAAAAGCAGCUCUCACCAGUUAUUCAAGCUGACUUGGUCAAGUUAGAGGCUGAAAGAUGGCUCUUUAAAGCUGGUUUCAUUCAGUGGCUUGUUCUUCUGAUUUUGGGAACUUAUUACAACAUUGGAUCCUCAUAUAUGGCUCUGGUCUGGCUAGUUCCACCUGCAUUUGCAUAUGGAUUGUUUGAAGCUACUUUAACGCCAACACGGUUCCCAAAACCACUCAAACUUGCAACUUUACUCUUAGGCUUGGCCAUGCCAAUUUUAAUUUCAGCUGGCAUAUUCAUCCAGCUGGCCAGCACAACUAUCGGGUCUGCAGUUCGAUUGGAUAGGAAUCCAGGUAGCACUCCUGAAUGGUUGGGGAAUGUAAUUCUCGCAAUUCUUAUUGCUGCAAUUGCGUGCUUGACUCUGGUGUAUCUCCUGUCAUAUUUUCAUCUUUCAGGUGCAAAAGUAUCUAUUAUAACUACAAUGUGCGUUUUACUUGGCCUCUCACUUGCUUUGGUAUCAUCUGGUGUUAUUCCACCAUUCACCGAGCACACUGCCAGAGCUGUUAAUGUUGUGCAUGUCGUCGAUGUGACAGGAAAAUUUGAUGGAAAUCAAGUUCCUAGUUCAUUUGUAUCUCUAUUUUCAACUACUCCUGGAAAGUUGACAAAAGAGGCCGAACAGAUUAAAGAAGGCUUCACAUGUGGCAGAGAGAGAGUUAUUGAUUUUGUUACCUUUUCAGUCAAAUAUGGUUGCAUAACUUAUGAUGAUGCUGAAACUGGGUGGAGUAAGGCUGAUAUUCCCACAGUGCAUGUUGUUAGUGAUACCAUGGUAGAUGGACGAGUCACACAAGUUUCAAUUGAUACUAGGAGUUCUACGCGCUGGUCUCUUGCAAUCAAUACUGAGGAAAUAAGAGAUUUCACAUUCCAAGGGGAUGUGGAUGAGAUAGUUUCACUUGGUGGCAAGGGAAGUGUAGAUGGAUGGCACAUUAUUCAGUUCAGCGGAGGAAAAAAGUCGCCAACAAAUUUCAAUCUUACUCUUCUCUGGGUGAGAGAUCAGCAAUCUCAUAACAACGUAGGACAGAGAGAGGAGCAGCAUCGCCCCCUUUUAAAGCUAAGAACUGAUUUUGAUCGGUUAACACCAAAAACUGAAAGAGUCCUCAUGAAGCUUCCUUCUUGGUGUUCUCAGUUCGGCAAGUCCACAUCUCCUCAUACAUUAGCCUUUCUCACGAGUCUUCCUGUCGAUAUCUACGAUGGAAAACGCUAAGCUUCUUUCUCGCACCAUUUUCUCUGAGAAUAAAUAAUGGACUCAUAUGAAUGAUGACCGAUAUCAUAGUCACUAGUUCAUAUACACAACAAAGUAAAUUCUUUGUAUAGCAUUGAGCUAUUUAUUUAUUUAUUUAUUUGAUCAUGUAGCAUUGAGCUAUUUGAGCAGUUGAAAUAUCCUGCUGAUAUAUGUAAUAUUUAUAGAAAUAAUUAGUUUGGUAGAGACAUUUAUACUAGUUGAUUGAGUAAUUAUAUUAACAAAUGGAGGAGUGAUCAGCAUGA